AUGUUAAGCCUUAGGUUCAGGGCAACUCUACCUAUCAUGUCCAACAUCACAUUGAAUGGGACGUCUUUUCUGUUGGGAGACCGAAAGGCCCCGCUGGAACUGAAACCGCAGAUAUUGGGCGUGUCAAUCCUCGCAAUGCUACUUAUCCUCCCGAUUCUAUGGCAAUUGGGGACGGCACCGCCCGGAACAAAGCCAGUGCCAGGACCGAAAGGUUUGCCACUCGUUGGAAACCUCCUCGACAUACCCAAGAAGCACGCUUGGCUCAAAUACCAAGAGUACAUCAAAGAGUACGGCCCAAUCGUGAGAAUCAAACUCAUGGGCCAGGAGCACAUCCUACUAGGUUCCGAGGCUGUUGUAAACGACCUCCUGAAAUCACGCAGCGGCAUCUACAGCAGCCGUCCGCAGACCCAGGCGUGCUCGAUGCUGACCCAGGAUCAACACGUGCUGAUGCUGCCCACCGGCGAGCCUCUGCGCGUACGACGCCGAUUCCUCUCGCAGCUGCUCACCAGAAGCGCCGCCUCGCAGUAUGAGCCGUAUCAAUGGCUCGAGUCGUACCGCCUGGUGAUCGAUAUGGUUCGCGACCCGUCAGACUACCAAAUGCUGAUUGAGCACUGGAGCGUCGCCAUGGGCAGCCGCAUGCUCUUUGGACAAGCCAUGCCCGACCGCUCCGGCCUUCAGAAGGAGGUGCUCAUGAUUGCCCACACCUUCGAGUCGGUCCUCACACCCGGCGCAUUCCUGGUGGACUUGCUCCCGUGGAUGCGCCACCUCCCCGAAGCCGUGGCCCCGUGGAAGCGGUGGCUGAAGCGCAUGUCCCGGCGGGACGAGUCCUUUUACUACACCAUGUGGGAGCGCACCAAGGCCGACCUCAACAAAAGCCGGGACGCGCCGUCGUGGGCGCGCCUGUGCCUCGAAGACUUACAGCGGGUGGCCGUCGGCGGCAAGGGGAUGGGCAUCACGGAGCACGAGGCCGUACACCUCAUAGGUGUCACCUACACGGCGUUUGGCACCACCGUGGCCAACAUGCUCUCCCUGCUCCUGGCCAUGACGCGGCACCCGGAGUGGUGGCUGCGCAUGCAGGCUGAGAUGGACGAUGUCGUCGGCGCGGAACGCCUGCCGACUCUCGCCGACAUCCCGCAGCUUCCGGUGCUCCGGGCCGUGCUGUCCGAGGUGACGCGCUUCUGGCCGGUGACGCCAGACGGCGUCCCGCAUGAGCUGACGCAGGAUGAUGUCUACAAGGGAUAUCGCCUAAAAGCCGGCUCCGUGAUCCACUAUGUGACCUGGGCGUGUGGGCGCGAUCCCGAGAUGUACCCUGAGCCAGACACCUUCAACCCGGACCGAUGGCUCGACCCGAACUUCCCCAGCUACAAAGCGCCGCUGACAGAAUACCCGACGCUGAUGAGCACGCUCAUGUUUGGAGCAGGCCGCAGGCAGUGUCCCGGCAUGAUCGUGGGGACUCGAAACGUCUAUGUUCAGACCAUGAUGUUGGUGUGGGCGUGCGAUCUCGGCCGGGCGCGCGAUGAGGUGACAGGCAAAGAGAUUGUGCCGCCGCUCUAUGAUUACUGCGCCGGGUUCAACGUCGCUCCGAACCCCUUCAAGUUCGACCUCAAGUCUCGAGGUGCGGAGCGCAUGCGGAUGGUGGAGGCUGCGUAUCAGAAAGCACUUGGGGAGGAUCCUAUGAAGGACAUCCUUAUCAGUGAGGUACUUGACCAUCUCAUCCGUCAUCGUCGGCACGCCACAAACGUAGACCACUGCUUGCUUGGGCUCCGGGCCAACGGCCUCAACCACAUCCGACAUGGUGAUCCUCCGCUGAUGAAACGGUACAUCAACUUCAUUGCACGACACGACGCCAUCGGCUUCCACUUCGUCUCCAUCCAUAUCUGUGUAGGUCCGCCGGCUUUGUCCCUCCCCACCGUCAUCUCUAUCAUCCGCCAGCCUGUUGAGAAACAGCAUACCAUCCGCCCCUUCCCUCCUGCCCUUACCACCCGGUGCUCGCAGCGAGUAAAGAAACCGCACCUCUGGCCCGCCAUCCCCACGGUCCUGUUCGGCCAUCGCCUGCGACGUAGACGCGAUGCCCGACGGCGGAUAGACGAAGCUGCCGCCGAUGCGGACCUGGAGCUGCGUGCCGACAAUGCCGGGGUGCUGCUGGCCCGCGCUGGUCUCCUCUGCAUCUUCUUCGUCAUCUUCGGAGUCUCCGUUGCUGCUGCUGGUGGGUCGGCCCUGCCACAGUACGGCGGCCCCGUAGAGCUGGAGCGCUGGGCCCGACUGGGUGCCGAGGUCACGGUGAAGCCGCCGGCUUUAUAG